AUGGCUGACAAAAACAAACUUCUCCAGGCAAUGAUUCCGAUUGUUAUGGAUAUGCUGGAUAUUGAAUUAGAUGACGUGAUUUAUUCGGAUAUUUUGACAGACGAUCAAAUUUCCGAUGUAGUGACAGCAGUUGUGGCCAAAUCUGAGGUCGAAAAACUUGAAAAAUCUGCGAAAAUCGUUGAUCAAAAAGUCCCUCUUGAAAAUCAAGACAACCAACAACCAGUUCAUAGAAACGUACAUACUGACGAUAGCGGAAUAUUACAAAAUGCAGUUCUUCUACCAUCGAGCAGUGCUAAUUGUUGGUCUGUGGUUCCUUCAAAGGAUUUCAGAAACAUUUACAGAAUGACAGCACCAGUUUUUCAGGAGUUAUUUCACUUGAUUGUUCAAAAUUCGAAAAACAUGCCAACUGUGUUCCCGUGCACAGCAACAACAGGUCGUUCAAUAGAAAUGCCAUAUGAAAAACAAUUGCUGAUCGCGCUGGAAUAUCUAGGCAGUAGUGUACCACUUUCUAAAAUUGCUCAAAAAUACAACUUAGAGGAAACUGUAACGAUACAAGCUAUUUCAAAAAUAACUUUCAGUAUCUAUAAGUUAAUGCAUAUUUUUAUCACAUGGCCUAAAGAGGGUGAUAGUAUGUACCCUGUGUUAUAUCCAAAUAAUUCUGUGGCGUUGUCAAAAUGUGUUGGUGUAAUUGACGUUUGUCGGGUGAAUAUUCGCCGACCGAGCCAGCAUGCUGAUUACUAUCUGGAUAAAACUGGGAAACAUUCUGUAGCGCUUCAGCUGAAGCAGUUACUGUUUUUAAGAUACUACCGUGUACCUAUAUUGUUACAGUUAUUAUUUUUAAGAUACUACCGUGUACCUAUAUUGUUACAGUUAUUAUUUUUAAGAUACUACCGUGUACCUAUAUUGUUACAGUUAUUAUUUUUAAGAUACUACCGUGUACCUAUAUUGUUACAGUUAUUAUUUUUAAGAUACUACCGUGUACCUAUAUUGUUACAGUUAUUAUUUUUAAGAUACUACCGUGUACCUAUAUUGUUACAAUUAUUAUUUUUAAGAUACUACCGUAUACUACCGUGUACCUAUAUUGUUACAGUUAUUAUUUUUAAGAUACUACCGUGUACCUAUAUAUUGUUACAGUUAUUAUUUUUAAGAUACUACCGUGUACCUAUAUUGUUACAGUUAUUAUUUUUAAGAUACUACCGUGUACCUAUAUUGUUACAGUUAUUAUUUUUAAGAUACUGCCGUGUACCUAUAUUGUUACAGUUAUUAUUUUUAAGAUACUACCGUGUACCUAUAUUGUUACAGUUAUUAUUUUUAAGAUACUACCGUGUACCUAUAUUGUUACAGUUAUUAUUUUUAAGAUACUACCGUGUACCUAUAUUGUUACAGUUAUUAUUUUUAAGAUACUACCGUGUACCUAUAUUGUUACAGUUAUUAUUCUUAAGAUACUACCGUGUACCUAUAUUGUUACAGUUAUUAUUUUUAAGAUACUACCGUGUACCUAUAUUGUUACAGUUAUUAAUUAGCUGUUCUCUAGUUUAUGAUUUAUAA